AUAAUGUCAUAAAUAAUUGAAUUUAAAAUACAUAAAUUUCUUUCUCUGGUGAUAAUUUUUUACUUAAUGUCUUUAUGUUAGAAUGUAAAAGUAAAAUAAUCGAUGCAACACUUAUUACACUUAAUUAUGAUUGCUAUUUGUUCUCACUCACAGAAAAUGAUAUAUUCCUUAUAAUUCUUGACGUUCCUGUCUAAUACAAACAUAAAUUAAUAAAAUCAAAUGUAUUCUUGAUAGAAUCUUGAUUUAUUAAAUCAUCGCAAUCAUAUAUUAAUUAAAAAAUUGUAAUUGCCAUGGAAUUUGUUGAUAAAAAUCAUCCAAGCAUACAAGAAGCAUUUGAAUGGUUUUUUGGGAUGAAAAAUAUAGAACAGCAAUGCACUGAACAAUCUUUGACACGCCUGCACAAUGCUUUCUUGACAACAGAAAAUGGAGAGAUGAAUUCUUUUCAAUUAUACAAUGCUUUCCGAGAGAUUCUCGAGAUAAAAAUGUCGCAGGAUGAGUUCCAGAUUUUCUUUAAAAAAAUGGAUAAGAGACUUGAUGAUAAGGUGACAUGGGACGAAUUCAUUUCUUACUUGCUGAUAGAAUUUCGGGACAUAGACAUUAGUUUAAGAUCGCAAAUAUUGGAGACACCGUUAACCGAUCUACCGAAAUUAUUAAGAACGCAUCAUCGCACUCCCGUGUGCAGAAUUACGUUUUGCCCAGAAGUUUUAUCGGAUAGAAGCACGAGUUUCCGCCGUGGUUGUUACAUGACCGUUAGCAGAGAGGGAGUAAUCAAUUAUUGGUCGUUAGACCUCGAGUACGAGCGUACCGUGCAAUCAAAAAAUCCAUAUUUAAAGGUACAAUCUACCGUUAUAACUGAUAUGAUCGUACUGCCGGAUGUUCAAGUAGUGUGCACGAGCUCGACGGAAUGUGAUUUGAGGUUUUACGACGUUGCGGCAAAAAAGUUUGAUCUUCGCAUACUAAUAUCCAGUUUGAAAAAUGCAGUGGUUUGUAUGUAUUAUUACUUCAGUACAAACAUAAAUGAAAAUUCUUAUAUCGUUUUUGGUGAUAUGAGUGGAUCUGUCAUAAGCAUGGCCUUUAAUCCUGCGGACAGAGGACCCUUCAAGCAAUAUACUGACACGAUCACUCUUCGCUACGACAAUGUUAUUAAAGGAGAACUGCGAGGAUUCAACGUCACAGAGUUUAAAAACAUACAUACAAACUGGACGAGCCAAGUGGCUUAUUAUGGAAGUUUACGAGCGUUCGUCUCGAGCAGCCAGUGCUCCGAUUGUUCCAUGUGCGUUUUCGAUGCGAGUGGCGCAAGGACGCAAUACAGAUUUCAAAUUUCCAUGGGAAUAUCGUGCUUUACACUCUGCGAAGAUAGUCAGAUACUAGUGACCGGUGGACCAGAUUGCGUAGUUCGCGUCUGGAAUCCAUUCGUCCCCAGGAAGGCAAACGCCGUUCUAUCGGGACACCGAUCGACUAUCUGCGCGCUUGUCGUAAUAGAUGCCGGUAAACGCAUUUAUUCUCUAUCGAAAGACAGAUGCGUAAAAGUAUGGGACGUUCCGGCUCUUAGUUGUAUUCAGACGUAUAACAAAUUACCAAGUGAGCUAAGUGAGUACGCUCCGAUGACAAUAGUAUUCAACACAUUAACUCGUACGAUGAUCAUCGCCAGCAUGAUGAUAGCUGUUCUCGUAUGCGAGCACGUAAUUAAUGAGGAAACUUCGGAUGGCUACACGCAUACUAAGGGUGUUAGUUGCGUACUCUACAAUCAGCUUUUUCGAGUGAUUGUUUCUAUGGGAUUAGAUUCAUGCAUUAUCGUAUGGGAUCCAUGGUGCGGACGUCGUUUACGUUUGAUAUCGCAUGCCCACAGUAUCAUACAAUACGGGCAGUACGUCGACAUUGAGAUUACGGCAGCUUGCUUCGACAAUUCAGAACAAUUUUUAAUAACCGGCGCUAGGGACGGUUCGUUGAAAAUGUGGAAUUACAAUACCGGUGUCUGUGUACGCAAAAUGAUAGUUGAUCAUCAAUGCGAAAUAACAAAUGUCGUAUGGUAUGAAGAUCGAAUUCUGUGCUGUGGCUGGAACAAACAUGUUUCAGAAUUGGCGGCUUUCGAGUCUGACAUAUACAGGAAAAAUUGGACGACCAGUCACACCGACGACAUCCUGUGUUCAGCCGCAAGAUUACCCCAAUUGCUAGCUACCGGAACGUACAACGGAGAACUGAUUCUGUGGAGACUCGAAACGGGGCAGCCUUUUAGAAAGUACCAAGUGAUUGAUGUUAGUAGAAGAGAGGUGAACGCAGAGAAAGACUCCGAGGAAACGGAUGAGAUCGGCAAAGCUGUUGAUCAACAAAUCAACUAUGAAAUUAAUUUUUACUUCAUAGAUCUAAAUAAAUUUUUUUACAAAUUCAUUCUUUCUUGUGUAAAAACGAAUUAUUCUUUUCUUUCGAAAAGUUCCAAACGAUCUAAACUGACUCCUCGUGAAAACAAAAAGUGGACUCUGUGCGCUCAUCAAAAGGCAGCGUUGAACAUUGUUCGCAUAACUGCGGUGCGCGCGAUAAUUUUUCUGGCCACGCGAGAAGCGAAAUCGAAUGUCGGCACACUGCUAGUCGCGCUCGAUUCCGGCAUGGUGCAAGUGUGGACGCAUCAUCCUGCGGCGGGAUUUUUGGGCGCCUUUUCAGUCGUGCACACUGUCGGCGACUGUGCUACGGCUUUAGCCACUGAUCCUGAAAAUCAAUUCCUCGUAACAGGCCACAGCGUAGGAUACAUAAAGGUUUGGCUCCUCUCCAAUUAUAUGCUACCAAAUCCGCCAAAAAUAUGCUUGCCACUAUUGAGAUUGGAAUUUCCAUUCUUAUGGAAAGAUAAAAUAGACGGAAGAGCGAAGAGAGCGGUACGAGAUCAGGCACUACCGCUCCUACUAUCAUCUGUACGCGGUCACACACGGGGAAUUACCUCUCUUCAAAUCAUUUCUACCGCACGAAUGAUAGUAAGCGGUAGCGCGGAUCGCACAGUACGUUUGUGGACUUUCGGAGGACGUUAUAUAUCAACUCUAGGCACGUUUAGAGAUUGGAUCCCGUUAUUGCCUACUAUGCCUGUGCAAAAGUAUUUCGAAGAUUACAAGUUUCCAGCGGAUAUUAGGAGACUCGCUAGUUCCACAACUCUGAAGGUACUUCACGGUGGCAUGAGAUUAACAUCAAUGGAAGUCGAAGAAGAGGAGAUUGAUAUCCCGAAAGAAACUUUCGAGGAAAAACGACACAUGUUAUAUGGAAAAGAAUUGGAUAGUUUUGUGCUUCAAACUUAUUAUGCAUCACAAUUGCUUGAAAAAGCGUAUCAAAAAUGUCUGCGAUUAAAUAAUACCUUGCCAUAUAUACCAAUUUAUACGCAUUUGCCAACGUAUUCUUUAAAACCUAUAGAGGCACAAAUGACACUCUUGCUUGGACAGAAAACGGAACUUAUUAAAAAGAUAUAUUCAAGAAGAGCAAUAAAACCACUACACUUUCCUGCAACGGAAAGGAUUAAAGGCACUUCUACAAGAUCGAAUCUACUACGUUAAUUCUCCAUGAACUGACUUCUUUAAAACUCUCCCUUGCAAAUAUUAAUAAAAUAGUAAAAAUAUUUUACGCAUUAUAUAAAUCGAAAUAAAAUAUUGAUUUUCAUUAUUCAGAUUAGUGAAACUCGUACUCAUAUAACAAUCAUUUUUUGAUCUAAUUAUUUACUAACUAAAUUGAUCAUCUAAUUACAUAUAUAGGCUUUAAUUUUUCUUCAGCCAAUAAUGAACAUGUUCAACAGACAAAACAAAUUAGUAAACGUUCAAUAAUUCUUUAUUAUUAGUUUCUAAAUUCAGCAAAGCAUUAAAGGUGAGAACUAAUCAUAUUAAAGAAUUACUGAGCACUCACUGAUCUGCUUUGUCUGUCGAACCUGCCGAAUGACAAUAUAUAAAUAAUAAGAAAAAUUAGCCAUUUUUAAGUUGUAAAGAUGCUACGUACAUACAUUAUUGUCACUCUGUAAACAUUAUAUAACAAUAAACAAUGGACCUUCA